GAAAUGGACUCAUCAAUGUUUACUUUAAGAGGCCUGUUCGGUAACGAAGUUGAGGCGAGUUACCGCAAUUUCUUGCCCAUAGACGAUUUCGUUACCAAAAAAGGGCAAGAAAUACCGCUGACUCGAUCUCUAACUCGUUACCGAACAGGCCACCAGGAUAGACCUUUCGAUCUUUGUGCAGCUACAUGCCAAUGCCGUGAUGAACGUCUCCGCUGGCGCCAAGAACCAACGCCAGACGGCCCCACUUAAGACGAUCCCCAGUCGGACGGUGCUGCACCUACCUCACCCUGGUGUUCCACUGCACAUACGCCGGCUCUGCGACUGACUCGGACGUCUGGCUCUUGACAACAUAUUCAAGGUAUAACUGGACGAUUGCCGUUAUGAUACUCCCGCUACUAUGCAUAGUGCUAUUUGUUAUCUCAGCAUGGUCGCUGUCCGUCAGGGCGUAUUGUGCUCGUCCACCUCGCUUCCCAGGACCAAAGGGCCUGCCUCUCAUCGGGAAUAUCCUGCCAUCCAGGCGAAUGUGGCUCGCGCUCGCAGAACACAGUGAGAAGCAUGGACCCAUGUACUCACUGCGUGUUCUCCAAAAGCACAUACUUGUACUAAACUCUGCUGCCGAAGCUCGGGACCUCCUAGAAGGCAAAUCGAAUCUGUACUUUAUCCGUCCGAUUCCUCCGAUGGUUCUGCUUGCCGGUAUGGAUCGCGGAGUCCUUUUCGAGGGCGACCCUCUUCGCCUCCGCAAGGCCAGGAAGCUGCUCCAUCUGGUUCUUCAGCCGCGGGAGCUCAGACGUUUCAAUCCAAUACUGGUGGAGAGAAACAAUGUCUUCUUGAACGACCUUCUGCGCACUCCGGAUAAGCUAGUGGCGCACAUCAGAAAACUCUCGGCGGGGAUCACGCUUUCCAUGUCGCACGGCUACGAAGUCAAGGGAGAGCACGAUCCGUAUGUAGAGAUGGCAGACAUCAACGUGCAGAAUUUCGCCCAGGCCAGCGCAUUGGGCCGUUUUCUGGUUGACUGGAUCCCCUUACUGGCCAAGCUGCCUGCAUUUUUACCUGGCAUGCACUUUAAGAGGCUUGGGCUGAGCUGGAGGCAACAAUAUACCGAUAUGGCGGAAAAAGGACAAGAGUACGUGGAAUCAAACUUUGCUAUGGGAUCGGCUAAGCCGUCAUUGACGUCUACGGCCCUAGAUUCAUACUUGAAAGACGAACGCGAUAUCAUCAUGUUCACGGCGACGCAGGUGUACACGGGCGGAGCAGACACGAGUACAUCGACGCUUUCGUCUUUCUUCCUCAUGAUGAUGAUGCAUCCUGACGUCCAACGCCGGGCCCAGCAAGAGAUUGAUGAGGUCAUUGGCGAUGAACGCCUGCCCGAGUACGCGGAUCGACCGCGGUUACCCUAUGUCGAGGCCCUUCUCAAAGAGCUCUUGCGUUGCUGUCCGCCCAUACCUGCCGGACCCCAGCAGAAGACGACGUCCACCGAGGGUAUCUCGUCCCGAAAGGGACUAUCGUCAUUGUGAACUUCUGGGCCAUGCUUCACGACAAAAGUCGGUACGACGAGCCUGACGAGUUCAGGCCAGAACGCUGGCUCUCACGAGACGCGGAUGAUAACACA